AUGGAGCAGCAUUUUCUCGGCCGCGUGAAACAGGCUUGGGAGUCCGCAGAGGUGGCGCCAGAACUCCAGCCUCCUGCGCCUAUUGGGAACUCAGCAGAUUCUGAGCCUUGGCCCCUCCCUUUCUACCCGGUACUGGGAGAGUCCUCAGGCCACCGCGAAUGUUUCAAUGGCGAGCUGCUUUCCAGUCCUUGUUGGCGCCUGUACUUUGUCUACGUGCAAGACAGACUCAGUUCCAGAGCCCCGAGCACCUUGGAACCAAGCCCAGCCCAGCAGACAGCCGCAGGAGAGAGAGAACCGGCAGAGGAACCCGACCGCCCCGUGCCCCAGCAGUUUCCCUUGGCCAGGCCAGCUGGACCCAGCGGCAACGGACAUCAGGACAUCGAGACCCCUGACAGCAGACACCCUUCUAAGCGCCGCUCUCCUCCGGCCUCCGCUUGGUGGAGCCACGAGUGGCUCCUCUCGGGCUGCUUGGAAUGGAUUGGUCACGCCCUGCGCACCUUGAGCUGCUGCUGCUGCUGCUCUGUCUUUGGGGCCAAGGAGCCCCAAGAUUGCAGCCGGAACAUUUUCUUGGCAGUUGCCCCAUGA